AUGCAUUAAAAGCAUAUGCUGCAGAGAAUGUAUAAAUUGGAUAUUGCUAAUUAUCUAUUAUUGAAUUAUAGGUACUCAGAGAAGUAAAUAAUUCAAAUAAUUCGAGGAUGCUUUUUGGUUUCUAUGUCAUUUAUUUGAGACUCUUGGGCCUCUAAUUAAUAUCAUCAUUUAUUUUCUGCAUUAGUGGUGGUGAAAUAAUAUUGUAAAUUCUACUAAAGAAAAACCUUAUUUGA